AUGCCUUUCUUGGACGUGCAGAAAAGGUUCGGCCUUAACGUAGAUCGAUGGUUGACAAUCCAAAGUGCUGAACAGCCCUACAAGAUUCCUGAUCGAUGUCAUACUUUUGAAAAAGAGUGGAUAGAAAGUGCACAUGGAAUCAGUAGUAUCUGGGCAGAGAAAGAGUGCAAGAUAGAAUAUGAUGAUUUCGUAGAGAGUAUACUUAGGCAGAAAACCAUGAGACGUGUGAGGAAGCAGCAGGAUAAGCUGAUAAAGGAAAGGAAGUGCACCCCUCCACCUCACCAUGUGGGCAAGGGGGAGCCUCAGCCCUGA